AUGUUCCAGGAGUGGAAGUUUUUUCCAUCUUGGUGGUCAACUUGUUCGUAUGGAUGGGUAGUUGCUCGUGAUGGUGGCAUGAUACUAACGAGUAUCUUUGCUUUAUUUGCAAUUAUUUAUGAUCUCUUUGUUGACGAAUACAGGACGUAUCAAUCGUUAACAGUUUGGUACAAUGAUUCGCGACGACCCUACAUCCCACUAAGAUACACACCAGGCCGACAGUGGCGGCGUAGAAGAACGGGGAAACUCCAAUGUAUUGUUCGUCGAUUUAUUGUUGUCAAAGGAAUUCUUACUGAGCGUCAAACUAUUCGAUAUCUACGACGACAUCUCAUGGGACGAAUGUUCUAA